CAAAAGAAAAGAAGAAAGGGUCAAAGUUCAACAUAGCCAUUGCAUGUCCUGCGUUCGACGACAAUGGCUAAACAUCAUCCAGAUUUGAUCUUUUGUAGAAAACAAGCCGGUGUCGCUAUUGGAAGAUUGUGCGAGAAAUGCGAUGGAAAGUGUGUGAUCUGUGAUUCGUAUGUGAGGCCGUGCACUCUGGUGCGCAUCUGUGACGAAUGCAAUUACGGGUCGUACCAGGGGCGCUGUGUCAUCUGUGGAGGUCCCGGGGUGUCUGAUGCUUACUACUGCAAGGAGUGCACCAUCCAGGAGAAAGAUCGAGACGGAUGCCCCAAGAUUGUGAACCUGGGCAGCUCAAAAACGGACCUGUUUUAUGAACGGAAGAAGUAUGGCUUCAAGAAGAGGUGAAGACAGGACAGUCCAACAUGCGUUGCUUCAGUUUUGUUGUUUUUACUUUUCUUUUUGUAAACAUGUUUUGACAAUACAAUAAAGCUUUUAUAUUAGUGCAA